CUUGCUUCUGUGUAGAGAUUAAUAAUUGAUUAGUUCAUGGUUGGGAAUCUCAGUAAAAGGGAAUUGGUUACUUUGGGCUGCCACUUUUUCCUGGGUAGCCUGCAGGAGACGGGGACACUGCAAAACUUGAAGGCAGAAAAAUGAAGAGGACCCUGGUUCUCCUGCUUGCUCUCACAUUUGUGCAUGCUUUAGAGAGAGGCCGAGAUUAUGAAAAGGAGAAAGUCUGCAAGGAACUUGCCAGUCUGGGAAAAGAGGACUUCGCAUCUUUGUCAAUGGUCCUGUACAGCAGAAAGUUUCCCAGUAGCACAUUUGACCAGAUCAGUCACCUCGUGAAAGAAGUUGUCUCUUUGACAGAAGCCUGCUGUGCGGAAGGGGCCGACCCUGACUGCUAUGAUGAGAGGACCUCAGCAUUGUCUGCCAAGUCCUGUGAAAGAAACUCUCCAUACCCAGUCCAUCCAGGAACGGCUGAGUGCUGCACCAAAGAGGGCCUUGAGCAGAAACUCUGCAUGGCUGCCCUGAAGCACCAGCCGCAAGAAUUUCCUACCUAUGUAGAACCAACAAAUGAUGAAAUCUGUGAGGCAUUCAGGAAAGAUCCCAAGGGAUUUGCUGAGCAAUUUAUGUAUGAAUAUUCAAUUAAUUAUGGACAAGCUCCUCUGUCACUUUUAGUCAGUUACACCAAGAGUUAUCUCUCUAUGGUGGGGUCCUGCUGCACCUCACCAAGCCCAACAGUAUGCUUUUUAAGAGAGAGACUCCAGAUUAAAUAUUUAUCACUUCUCACCACCAUGUCAAGUAGAGUCUGUUCACAAUAUGCUGCUUAUGGAAAGGAGAAAUCAAGGCUCAGCCAUCUCAUAAAACUAGCCCAGAAAGUGCCCACUGCUGAUCUGGAGGAUGUUUUGCCACUCGCUGAAGAUGUUACCACAAUCCUCGCCAAGUGCUGUGAGUCCACCUCUGAGGACUGCAUGGCCAAGGAGCUGCCUGAAUACACAGUAAAAAUCUGUGACAAUUUAUCUACUAAGAACUCUAAGUUUAAGGACUGUUGUGAAGAAAAAACACCCAUGGACAUUUUUAUGUGCAUUCACUUCAUGCCAGCUGCCCAGCCCCCUCAGUUGCCAGAUGUUGAGUUGCCCACAAGUAAACAUGUGUGUGACAAAGAAAACACCAAAGCCAUGGAUCAGUAUGUGUUUGGCCUAAGUAGGAAGAAUCAAGUUCCAGAAGUAUUCCUCAGUAAAAUACUUGCGCCAACCCUGAAAAGCCUUGGCGAAUGCUGCGAUUCUGCAGACUCUACCGGCUGUUUCAAUGCAGUGGGCCCUCAACUGAAGAAGGAACUAUCUUCUUUCAUUGACAAAGGACAAGAACUGUGUGCAAAUUAUUCAGAGAACACAUUUAUUGAAUACAAGAAAAAAUUGGCAGAGAGAUUAAGAGCAAAAUUGCCUGAUGCCAGUGCCACGGAACUCGAAGAACUUGUUGAUAAGCGCUCAGACUUUGCCUCCAAAUGCUGUUCCAUAAACUCACCUCCUCUCUACUGUGAUUCAGAGAUCGACACUGAAAUGAAAAAUGUCCUAUAGACCUGAUCCAUGUGUACUGUCUUAGAUCUUCUAGUUCUUAGCUAUUCCUGAAAAACAACCAUGAAGCCAGGAUGUGCAAUGGUUUAGCUACUCAGCUGAAGAGCAGACGCAGUCCUCUCAGGAGCACCUGUCUGAGAGGCUGGGCAACGCCUCCACUCCUCUGCUUAAAUUUUUGCAAGUAUAUGGGAAACACCAAACAAAAGAUUGGAUUUCUACCCAGAAACUCAGGCUAUCAGAGCACCUACCACAAGCCUAGAUCCACCCAGAAUUUCGGGUGUGCUGCGAGAGCAGUGAGGGCCUCACGAUUCAUCAUUCAUCUACUCACAAGGAUUUGAGGUCCAGGAAGGAAGGUAAAUGACCAUUUAAACACCACUGUCUCUUGACUUGCAAACUUAGAAGAUGUGAUUUUUUUCCACUACUUUAUAUCAAAUAUGGUAUAGUUGACCCCUCCUGAUCAGAGAUCAAUUUGCACAACUGCCAGGCCAGAACACAAUCUGUACAAAAUAGGAACAAGCUUUGUAUCUUGCCCUCUUCAUCUUCUUUUUCUCAAUAAAAGACUCCUUUUGCCCAUUUAA